AUGGUUCACCAGGACGACAUCGACGGGGGCACGCUGCCUCCGCCCACGACGUACAACGAGUUCAAGCGCAACAUGGACGACUCCAAGACUUCCUGGAUCCGGCCGCAGGGCGAGAGCGGCCGCAGAGGCUUCCAUCCCAUCCAUUUUACCCACAUCUCGUUCAAGUCGACCAGCCGCGCCAGUCUGCUUUGCAACUUUCUAUGGCCCGUCGUCCCCGCUGCCAUUGCCGUCCGCUACGCUCUGCCCGAUAACCAUGUCCUCAUCUUCACCCUCGCGUACAUCGCCAUGGUUCCAUGUGCCAACAUGAUUGGUUUCGCUGGCCAGGAGCUCGCCCGGAAAUUUCCCCACGUCUGGGGCGUCCUGACCGAGAUCACUUGCGGUUCCGUUGUUGAGAUCGUCUUGUUUAUGGUGCUUCUGUCCAAGAACCAGUUCUACGUCAUUAAGGCUGCCAUCCUAGGUUCUAUCUUGGCCACCAUGGUCCUCUGUUUAGGGGCCUGCUUCUUCGUCGGCGGCCUCUUAAAGGAGGAGCAAACUUUCAGCGAUGCUAUCAGCGAGGCCGGAAGUGGACUGCUCCUCACCGCCGGCGUUGUAUUGUCUGUCCCCACCAUCUUUGAACACGGUCUGGGCACCGACAACCUAUCAACCGAAGACAUCGACCACAAGAUCCUCCAGAUCUCUCGCGUCAUCGCUGUCCUUCUCAUCAUCGCCUACAGCGUUUACGCUUUCUUCCAAGCCCGGACACACCACGGUAUUUAUGAUGCCAUCUUCGAAUUCGACGAGCAGCGCGACCACGACAAGGACAAGGUGGAAGCCAAAGCCAAACUUACCUUGACCGAGUCUAUCAUCGCCCUGACCAUUUCAGUCGGUCUUGUCACUCUCAUUGCCGUCAUCCUAGUUCUUCAAAUCGAGCCUAUCAUUGAGCGUGGCGAUGUUUCCGACGCCUUCAUGGGUCUCAUUCUGGUGCCCCUCGUCGAAAAGAUUGCCGAGCAUCUCACCGCCAUAGAUGAGGCUUGGGAUAACCAGAUGAACUUCGCCCUGUCCCAUGUCCUCGGCGCCACUCUUCAAACCGCCCUCUUCACCGGUCCCCUUGCCGUCAUUGUUGGCUGGGGCCUGGACAAGAAGAUGGACCUGAGCUUCGACAUCUUCCACCUAGUCAUGCUGGUCCUAGCCAUCCUUACCGUGGGCAGGUUUUUGCAGGAUCAGAAGAGUAACUACUUGGAGGGCUUCCUUCUCCUCAUCCUUUACUUCGCCAUCGCCGUCGCUGCCUGGUACUAUCCCAACCCAGAGACUCUCGGCGAGAGCGAGAGCACGAGCGAGAGCGGGCACUAA